UCGUUUUUCACUCUGAGUUUUCUAAACCGGCUUCCUGAAAUAGGGCCCAGAGGUCUGCCUCAUGCCUGCUAUAGCCAGGAAAUGGAGAACCAGCGAUUUGGUCAUGUGACUCACGUGUCACAUGACAACACCCCAGUCUGCAAAUACUAACAAAAUGGCAGCGUUCUUACAGUGGAGGAAAUUUGUCUUCUUUGAUAAGGAUACGGUGAAGGACCCAGAUGACAAUGGGAAAAACUUUCUUCUCCCAAAAGGGAUCUCGGCUUCUGACUCCGGUCGGGGUCAUAUCGUUCUCGGAGAUAUGGAAGGUAAGAUCUGGCUUUUGAUGCGCUCCUUGCAGCUGAUGUCUUUUCAGGCCUACAAGUUGCGAGUUACACAUCUCUACCAGCUUAAGCAACACAGCAUCCUUGUGUCAGUGGGUCAGGAUGAACAUGGAAUAAACCCUGUAGUAAAGGUCUGGAACCUGGACAAGAGGGACAGUGGAAAUCCUCUCUGCACUAGGAUAUUUCCUGCAAUUCCAGGCAACAAACCAACUGAAGUUUCUUGCCUCAGUGUGCACGAAAACCUGAACUUUAUGGCAAUUGGCUUCACGGAUGGCAGUGUGGUUUUGACCAAAGGUGACAUCACCAGAGAUCGUCACAGUAAAACUCUGACUCUGCAUGAGGGAGCUAGCCCUGUCACUGGCCUCGCCUUCCGCCAAGUAGCAAAAGUUACCCAUCUGUUUGUUGCCACCCUGGAGAAAGUCUACUGUUACACCCUGUCCAUCAAGGAGUAUCCAAAAGUGGAGCUGGAUACACACGGCUGUGCACUGCGCUGCUCAUCCCUGGCAGAUCCAUCCCAGGAUUCUCAGUUCAUUGUAGCUGGUGAAGAAUGUGUGUACCUGUAUCAGCCUGAUGAACGAGGGCCCUGUUUUGCUUUUGAUGGACACAAGCUAUUGGCCCACUGGCACCGUGGAUAUCUGUUUUUACUCAUAAGGGAUGUAAAGUCACCCAACAAGACAUGCUUCAGUAGUGGAGAGAGCUCGCCAUCAGACAAACAGCUGCUAACUAUCUAUGACCUGGACAACAAAUUCAUUGCCUACAGUGCCUCUUUUGAUGAUGUCAUUGACGUGGUAGCAGAGUGGGGUUCCUUCUACAUUCUGACUAGAGAUGGAAAAAUGUUUGUUCUCCAGGAGAAAGACACACAGACCAAACUGGAGAUGCUGUUUAAGAAGAAUCUGUUUGUGAUGGCCAUAAACCUGGCUAAGAGUCAGCACCUGGACAGUGAUGGAGUAUCAGAUAUCUUCAGACAAUAUGGUGAUCACCUGUACCUUAAGGGGGACCACGACGGUGCCAUUCAGCAGUAUAUUCGCACCAUUGGGAAGCUGGAGCCAUCAUAUGUCAUCAGGAAAUUUCUAGAUGCACAGAGGAUCCACAAUCUGACAGCCUAUCUGCAAGCCCUGCACAGGCAGUCACUGGCCAAUGCAGAUCACACUACACUGCUGCUCAACUGUUAUACCAAGCUCAAGGACAGUUCCAAGCUGGAAGAGUUCAUUAAGAGCAGUGAAAAUGAAGUACACUUUGAUGUUGAAAUUGCCAUCAAGGUUCUCCGGCAGGCUGGCUACCACAGCCACGCUGUCUUCUUGGCUGAGAAACAUAUGCACCACGAGUGGUACCUAAAGAUCCAGCUGGAGGACUUGAAGAAUUAUCAAGAAGGGCUGCGCUACAUUGGGCGUCUGCCUUUUGAACAAGCUGAAAGCAACAUGAAGCGUUAUGGCAAGACACUGAUGCACCAUGUCCCUGAAGGUACCACGCUCCUCCUGAAGGGCUUAUGCACUAAUUACCAACCCAGUGGAGACGCUGCUGAAAAAGACAGCCUGGACAGGAGUGUGGUCAAUAAGGCAAACUCUGAGGAAUUCAUCCCGAUUUUUGCCAAUAACCCUCGGGAGCUCAAAGCCUUCCUGGAGCACAUGAUUGAGGUGGACCCCCGUUCUCCCCAGGGUGUGUAUGACACACUACUGGAACUACGGUUGCAAGACUGGGCACAUGAACAAGAUCCUGAGAGAAAGAAGGUCCUGCAGGGGGAAGCUGUGUUGCUACUGAGGAGUGACAACACUGUGUUUGACAAGGCCCUUGUCCUGUGCCAGAUGCACAACUUCAAAGAAGGCAUCCUCUACCUGUAUGAGAAAGGCAAACUGUACCAGCAGAUUAUGCACUACCACAUGCAGAAUGAGGAGUAUGGAAAAGUAGUGGAGGCCUGCAAAAGUUAUGGGGACCAAGAGUGUUGCCUUUGGGAGCAGGCGCUGGGAUACUUUGCCAGAAAGGAAGAAGACUGCAAAACUUAUAUCAGUGAGGUCCUACAUCACAUUGAUCAAAACAACCUGAUGCCUCCAUUACUUGUGGUGCAAACAUUAGCCCACAACUCGACAGCCACUCUCUCCGUCAUCAAAGACUACCUCAUCAACAAAUUGCUUAGAGAGAACCAACAGAUUGAGGAUGAUGAACGGAAAAUCCGACAGUAUCGCGAUGAAACGGCUCACCUUCGCUCAGAAAUCCAGGAGCUCAAAACAAGUGCCAAGAUAUUCCAGAAGACAAAGUGUAACAUGUGCAACAGCCCACUGGACCUGCCAUCUGUUCACUUCCUGUGCUGCCACUCCUUCCACCAACACUGCUUUGAAAGCUAUGCUGAGAGCGAGGCGGAGUGCCCAACUUGCACUCCAGAAAACCGAAAAGUCAUGGACAUGCUGCGUGCCCAGGACCAAAAACGCGAUUUGCACGAUCACUUCAACAGACAGUUACGCAGCUCUAACGAUGGAUUCUCUGUGGUAGCUGACUAUUUUGGCCGAGGAGUCUUCAACAAAUUGACCCUAGUUACUGACCCACCUGGCAGCAAAUCUGUAGGGAAUCUGGAAGUCAACCUGCAGAGGGACCUUCUCAUCCACACCAAGAGAAACAGCUAGAAAUCUUGUAUUUACAAUCUCAAUUUUACCUGAGAGGCUACAUCUUAUUCAGGUUCAGGACAAGAUGCUGCAUGUGUUGCCCCCUUUAUUUAUCAGAAAUUAAAGCCACCUGCUUUUAGUAAUUUUGAUGGUCCUUUUUACAUAAUUGUUUCAGUUUGGGCCAAUGACUGGAAAUUGCCUACAUUUGUGUUUUAAAAUGGUCAUACUGUGAUUUGAAUAGUCACGUGUUGGAGGCUUUAGCUAAUGCGUGUAUGUGUAUGUACUGUCUUGCACAUAGCAAUCAAAAACAAGUCAGCCAUUGAUCUUUAUUGAAAUUACGCCUGGCACUAUAACCUGAGCAUUACAUUUGAAAAUAAAGUCGUCAUUAAGUGUUUCAGUGCUUCCUGA